UCCCGAGCCACGGAUAAACGGAGAGCAGCAGAGCGCGAGCACGAGAGGGACGCAGGGAGCGUGCGGGUUAAUUCCACAAAAAUUAGCGAAAAUGCAAAUUAUUACUUUAUUCCAGCUGGUUUGCGCCUCGUUAUUGGCACUGGCCGCCAAUGCGGAGGUGUACUUUAAAGAGCAGUUCCUGGAUGGAGAUGCCUGGAAGAGUCGGUGGGUGAACUCGGAGCACAAAUCCGACUACGGCCAGUUUAAACUAACCGCCGGAAACUUCUACGGAGAUGCGGAGAAAGACAAGGGUCUGCAGAGCAGCCAGGACGCCCGUUUCUAUGCCACCUCUGCCCGCUUCGAGGCCUUCAGCAACGAGGACAAGCCUCUGGUGAUCCAGUUCACUGUCAAACACGAGCAGAAGAUCGACUGCGGAGGCGGAUACGUUAAAGUCUUCCCGGCCGAUCUCAACCAGGCUGACAUGCACGGAGACUCCCAGUAUUACAUCAUGUUCGGACCUGAUAUCUGCGGCUACAGCACCAAGAAGGUUCACGUCAUCUUCAACUACAAAGGCAAGAACCACCUCAUCAAGAAAGAGGUCAAAUGCAAGGAUGAUGAAUUGACUCACUUGUACACACUGAUCCUGAAUCCGGAUCAGACGUACGAGGUGAAGAUCGACAACGAGAAGGUGGAGUCUGGCUCUCUGGAGGAGGACUGGGACUUCCUGCCUCCGAAGAAGAUCAAGGACCCCGAAGCCAAGAAACCCGAGGACUGGGACGACCGAGCCAAGAUCGACGACGAGACGGACGCCAAACCCGAGGACUGGGAUAAGCCUGAGAACAUUCCCGAUCCUGACGCUAAGAAGCCUGACGACUGGGACGAAGACAUGGACGGAGAGUGGGAACCCGCCAUGAUCCCAAACCCAGAGUACAAGGGCGAGUGGAAACCCAAACAGAUCGACAACCCCAACUACAAGGGGGUCUGGGUCCAUCCUGAAAUCGACAACCCCGAAUACACCGCUGAUGCCCAGAUCUACAAGUUUGACAAAAUCGGAGUCAUUGGGCUGGAUCUCUGGCAGGUAAAAUCCGGCACUAUUUUCGACAACUUCCUCAUCACCGACGACGUGAAGGAAGCCGAGGAUUUCGGAAAUGACACGUGGGGCGCCACGAAGGGUCCCGAGAAGAAAAUGAAGGAGGAGCAGGAUGAGAAGAAACGCAAAGACGAUGAGGAGAAGAACAAGGAGCAGAGCACAGAAGCUGACGAUGGUGAUGAUGAUGAUGGAGACGAGGAAGAAGGGACAGAAGAGCCUCCAGAGGACGGAGACGACGGUGACGACGAUGAUGACGACGACGACGCGCUUCCUAAAGACGAACUGUAACGCAGGAAGCGCAUCACCGCCCACAUUCCGUGGUUGCCAGGGAAACGACUGCAGCGCAUUCAUUCGAAACGCGGCGGCGGCGAUGAUGUCGUGACGAUGUCACACCGGUCCAAGCGGAACGAAUGGAAGUUCUCCACCCACACGUUUUUUUUAAUUUGCGACCACCGACCUUUAACGAGCCAGUUUUUUUUUUUUUUUGUUAUGGAAGAGAUCCCCGAUGAAACGUUUGCUGGUCGACGAUCAGUUUAUUGUGCCUUUCUUGUCUCGCCCUUUUCUUUAGUUCACGCUGUUGGUGUCAGUUACGUUCAGCUAGUUCGAGUUAAUGACGUUUACUUGAAUUACAGUCGCGAAGGAGCUUUUUUUUUCACCACCGAAUACCACAAUUAAACUGACCUCACAAUUCUGACUUUCUUUCUUGCAAACCAAACGGAUUAAUUGGGGAAUUGUACGCUAAAUUUUCAGACGGUGUAAAAAUGGUUAAAUAUAAAACUAAAUUGCGAGAAACUCAUUUGCAUAUUUUCCUUUUAAAAAAAAAAAAAAAAAAAACAAAAACAAAAAGCCUCAGAAUUGCAAGGUAAAAAGUCGAUUGUUUUCCUGCGAGAAACAAAGCCUGACCUGUGACGCAAAGUUUCUCCACGUCGCAGAAAUGCGAAAGAAAUUAAAUAUUAGAGGAUGAUGAUGAUGAUUUUUGCCCUAUUGUUAUUAAUUAGAUUAAUUAGAUCGCAGGCUGGGUUUCAAACUACGCUCCUCGUUUCUGAAACGCGAGCAAAACAAACUUUUUUUAAUUUAGUUUUUUUUGUAAGUUGUCGCAGGAACGCUUGCAGCGAUUUGCACACGUCAUGCUUUCAUUUCAUCAACGAGGAGCGACGAAUGUUCGUACCGUAGCGCGAAAUAAAAUUAGUCGCGAUGUCCCUUUGGCACUGAUGGGUUAGUUUUGUUCUGUUUUCACAGUAUGCGUGUUUUUUUUUUUUAAUCAAUCUCCUAAACGAAGAUAUUCAGCGAAACCCCUAUUUCUUUUCCAGCUCUAUUUAUUACAAAAGUCUUGCAGUUUGAGUUUUAUCACUUACCAGUGGCCGUGACAUUUGUGUUGUUCAUUUAGUAGCUGAUUUUUUUUUUUUUUGUGUGUGUGUGUGUGUGUGUAUAUAAAAUCUUUUGUUACUUGAAAAUAAAUUGCUACGAUGAGGGAUGUUGGUAAUAUUUGCAAAGAUUUCAUUCAAACGAACUGGCUGUCUACACACUGUGAACUAAGACCCAAAUGUUUAAAUUGGAUUGGUACUGAAAAUCCCGUUUAGCGACAUUAAACCACCUUUCUACGCGUUGAGAGUUGUAAUUAAUGCCAAAGUUUUAAUAAAUGACUUUAUUGUA